AUGGCGAAAUUUAAGACCCCAGAAAUGUCUUGGAUUGUACAAGAUUUAAAUCAAGAAUGGCGUCGAUUCUAUAGACAAGCAAUGUGUAUUUUCGAAGGUCCUUUACACGAUAAAGAGGACGGCGUUAAAGUCAGCUAUGUAAAGUUGUGGGUAGGCGAUAAAGGACUUGAUGUAUUUGAAGGAUUUACCUUUGCCGAACCCGCUGAUGCAAAGAAAUUAGACAUUGUACUAAAGAAAUUCGAGGACUAUUGUAGUCCACGUAAGAACUAUAUCAUGGCCGCUUUGAAAUUUAAUGAAAGACGUCAAGGAGAUAAUGAGAGUUUUGAGUCUUUCGUAACAGAUCUCAGGAUUCUGGUAAAAGAUUGUGGUUAUAAAGACGAGGAACGUAUGGUUCGUGAUGCAAUCGUUUUUAGUUGUAAACACACGAAGGUUCGUGAGAAGUGUAUCGAUUUGGCCGAUACUUUGACAUUAGAAAAGGCUAUUGAAAUCGGACGAAGCCAUGAAACCAAUUUAGCUAGCUUAAAGAAGCUCACGAAAGACGAAGACCCGAGCAUUAAUGCCAUUAAACCGGUACAGUACCGUCAGCGAGACCCUCAAAGCCGUCGAUACUCAAAUAAAUUGCACACAGAGCGAGAAAACCCAAGUCGUGGAUUGGACAGCAUGUCGAAUGACAGGUGUGGAAGAUGUGGUUUCGAUAAAAAUCACCAGAGAUGCCCAGCAAUGGGUCAACAGUGUAGACGAUGCCAAAAGAUGAAUCACUAUGCAAAGGUCUGCCGAGCCAAACCAGUCAACAACGUACAGUUACAGGGAAAAGAGGACACUAGUUCCGAGGACAGUGACUCAUCCUUAUUUGUAUAUGCAAUUGAGUCAACCAUUCCAUCUGAAGAUGAACAAUUUUACGAAACUGUUGAUGUAGAAAAUAUCAAAGUUAAAUUUCAGUUGGACAGUGGGGCAAAAGCAAAUGUUAUGUCUUUUAAGACCUAUAACAACCUCAAGUGUACAUCUCUCCGCCCACUGAAGAAAACAAAUACUGUCUUGGUUUCUUUUUCCAAGCACAAAUUAAAACCAUUCGGAGAAGUUGUGUUAAAAGUAAUGUAUAAAGACCACACAGAAGAUAUAAAAUUUUUUGUUGUGGAAUCUGAAGUUGAAUCUGUUCUUAGUGGAAACACUUGUGUCAAACUUGGUUUGCUGAAGAGAGUUUACCAAGUUGUAAGUCAAGAAGCAUCAUUAAAGAAAGUUACAUUGGAUGACUACCCUGAGCUGUUCAAAGGAUUAGGAUGCUUACCUGGUAAUUAUCAUAUCGAACUAAACGAAGGUGCUACCCCUGUUGUCCAUGCUCCAAGAAAAGUACCAAUUCCACAGAGAGAAAAAGUUAUCGAAGAGCUGAAAAGAAUGGAAAGACUUGGUGUGAUCGUGCGACAGGAAGAAGCGACAGAUUGGGUCAACUCGAUGGUCGUGGUUCAAAAGCCUAAUGGUGCAGUGAGAUUGUGUAUUGAUCCGAGGGAUUUGAAUGCCGCCAUGAAAAGAUCCCGCCAUCCGAUGAAGACUGUGGAUGAAGUCGCCAGCCGUCUCGAAGGUGCUAAUACCUUUAGCAUAUUGGAUGCAAAGAAUGGUUUCUGGCAACUGAAAUUGGAUGAAGAGUCUUCACUCCUCUGCACCUUCAACACACCGAUAGGACGGUAUAGAUUUACAAGGCUACCUUUUGGAGUAAAAUGUGCCCCAGAGAUUUUCCAAAGAACCAUGGAUAGAAUGGUUGAAGAUUUAGACGGUGUGGAGGUUAUUAUGGAUGAUGUAAUUGUCGCCGGGGAUGAAACAACGCAUGAUAAACGAUUGACCAAAUUCUUGGAGCGAGCAUCUACACAAGGAUUAAAGCUCAAUCGAGAAAAAUGUAAGAUUCGCCAGAGAGAAGUGCCUUAUGUAGGGCAUCUCCUCACAGCGGAAGGUUUGAAGAUGGACCCUCGGAAAGUUGAAGCUAUUCGAGAAAUGCCAACGCCAAAUAGCAAAGAAGACGUCAAACGAUUUCUUGGAUUUGUGCAAUUCCUAAGUCGGUAUAUUCCUGGAUUAUCUAAGGUAGAUGCACCGUUGAGAGGGCUCGAGAAAGCCGAUGUACUGUUUCACUGGGAUCAACCACAGCAAACAAGCUUCGAGAAGAUCAAGGAACUUGUCUCACAAUCACCAGUCCUACAGUAUUAUGAUGUAACCAAACCGGUAACAAUCCAGUGUGAUGCAAGUGGCAAAGGAUUAGGUGCAGUGUUACUACAAGAGGGAAAGCCUGUAUGUUAUGCUUCUCGAGCUCUUACGGACACUGAAAGCAGAUAUGCCGCCAUCGAAGCCGAAAUGCUUGCAGUGGUCUUCGCCUGUCAUAAGUUCCAUCAGUACAUAUAUGGCAGAAGUGUGGUUGUCGAGACAGACCAUAAGCCACUACAAGCAAUCAGCAGCAAACCGUUGUCGCAGGUUCCGUUGCGACUUCAGAAGAUGAUUCUUAACGUGCGUGGAUACGACGUGAAGAUACGUUAUGUUCCUGGCUGUAAACAAGUAUUAGCUGACACUCUGAGUCGAGCAUCGUUGCCAAAUACUGAACAGGAAAUUUAUGAAGAAUUCCAGGAAGUUCAUAUGGUUCUUGCAGUUUCUGACGAGCGAUAUGAGGAAUUCCAGAAGGAGACCAAAACCGAUCCAGAGCUACAAGCAGUCCUUACGUUAGUGAAGAGUGGUUGGCCUGACACGAAACAACAAGUUCCCGUUGAAGCCAGACCUUACUGGACCUUCAGAGAUGAAGUUGUAACAGCAGAUGGGUUGCUCUUUAAAGGAACACGCCUAAUCGUGCCAAGAAUUCUUAGAUCAGAUAUGCUUUGUCAAAUCCACAAGAGUCAUUUGGGGAUAGUCAAAUGCAGACAAAGAGCCAGAGAUGUAUUGUUUUGGCCUGGCAUGUCAGUACACAUUGAAGAAAUGGUUGCCAAUUGUAGCGUGUGUGCAGAUUAUGCGAAUAAGCAGCCUUCAGAACCUUUGAAACCAACUGUUCCUCAAAGUUUCCGUGGGAAAAGAUAG